ACUGCCUAGUUAUAUUUCUCUUUUCUCUCUCGAAUAAGCAGUUUUAUAACUGAUUAGCCGAAGAAGAAAUUGAAUCUGUGUAGUACGUUACGUUUAAAAAAAGUUAUCGCUUAUCUUAUCAAAUCCGAUUAAAACCGAAAGUGUCCGAAAUCUGAGUAGAAAAUAUUAUAUGUAAUAUCGCUAAUUAGCAUCAAAUUGAAACGUCCGGUGUAGUGUAGCAAGUGUUCUAUACCUAUUCGCAUUUCGCAAUGGCUCCGCGAAAAAGAGUGAGAAAAAAUCGCGGUGGUUCGGCUUCCAAUCAAACAGAAGAAGAAGUAUUUUACGAUGCUCGAGAAGAAGUGGAUACAGAAGAUACAGAAGAACACGAUACAGAAAGCCCGGCGACAGAUCUAGAAGUUAUAACGGUCCUCAGCAACUUCAUAAAAAUAACAUACUUGGAAAACUUGAAGCAAUUGAUGGCAGAUUCAUCGACUAACAGGUGCACCUUAAACACACCAUCAAUCCUAGUCAAAUGCAAUUGGGCUUCCAACAUUCCGGGUAAAAAUAUCAAAGAUACCGUCAAAAUCUGUUUGAUGGGCGAAGAUGCCGAAAAAGAGAAUGAAGAAGAACUUUCAGAUUUCCUGGAUAUUCGUAACACAGUAAACUUCAUAAGACCUAAUGAAGUCGAUGUUCCUACAGUUACGUUAAAAACUGAAGAUUCGAACUUUUGUAUUGAGAAGUUGGUGUUUUAUGGUGACGUUAAAACCGUAGAACUAUUCGGAAACGAUGAAAUGUAUCUCUCGACUGUGCAUGGCACAUCUAUCCAAACAUCGGAGGAAUUCAAUGUUUACGAAUAUAAGAUUUCCGUCAAACAACAACGCGAAAUUACUUUGAAGCUCGUACGCUUAUCAAACCAAAACUUUUUCUGGAUUUACGCGUUUCUCGUUAAAUUGAAGAAGAACCCAGUCGAGAAGACCGGUACCAUAAGUUACGAAAACGUCGAAAAUUUGCUCAAAGAUAUAAACAUUUCCGAAGCGGCGAAAAAUUGUUUGAACUUUAUGAAAGCCAGCAACACUUCGGCACCGAAUGUGUCUAGUAGACUGUCUGAAAUGUUUAAACCACCUUCUAGACAAGACGAUAGAGAACUAGCAUUAAAUCCGUCUACUUUGAACGAUCUCAAAGCGUAUAUAGACUACAAGUUUCAGAUCUUGAAUGAUUUGAUUAUUAUGAGGGAGAAGCAUUUCUCCGAUAAAUUGGACCUAAUUCUAGAGUACGUCAAAUCGAGAAAAAAUAAAGAUUAAAAGUAUCUUCGUACGCAUUUUCGUUCGCUGUAGAAAAUGACGUGUCUCCUAUCAGCGCGUAACUUUCUUAAUAAAUAUUCGUUAAAUUGUUAUUCGGUGCUCCAUGAAAUGAUCUACUGAACUUCCGGUACUAUUUGAGUAGUCAUUUAUUCACGAUGUUAACGAUCGUUUUUUUUUUGUAAAUAUUUUGAAGUUUCACAAAGAUGUGUUUGUUUUUUGUUUGCUAUACUUUUAAAAUGAUAAUUCAUUUUUGUUAUAUUUUUAUAUUUCUCAUUUCAAUGAAAAAGCUAAUAAAAUAAUCUGUUAAUGCUGAAA